AUGAACGAUUCAGAGAUUCCGGACCCCAAGCACGACCCCGAGCAUGUGGAGGAGGCGGUGCUCGCGCGCCUGACAGACGAUGACCUGUGGAGGAUGUCGCAGGAGGCUCUCACGUUGAACUCGUGGACUGGUGUCCGGCUCAUGCUUGUCAUGUUUGUCCAGUGUUGCAACAUGGCUGGAUACGGGGUGGACUGGGGUAUCAUCAGCGGUAUCGACGACUUCUCGACGUGGCACGAUUACUUCGGCUUCCCCAGCAGCGGCGGCACCUACGGCACACUCAAUGCGCUGAUGAGUGUCGGCACCAUCGCCGGCGCGCCCUUUAUGGCGUUUGCAGACGUGAUCGGCCGUCGUGGUAUCAACUUUGUCGGAAAUUUCCUUGUCCUCGCAGCUGCCAUCCUGCAAGGCUGCUCCAGGACAGUCCCCCAGUUUAUGGCCGGCCGGUUCAUGCUGGGAUUCGGCACUGCCCUCAUGUCUAGCUCGCAGUAUAUGGGCGAGAUCGCGCCGCUCCAUCUCCGUGGUCGCAUGGUCGGCUGGUUCGGUGCCUUCUACCAGGUUGGCGCCCUGGCCACCUUGGGUGCCAUGAUUGGACUCGCAAACCUGUCCAAUAACUGGAGUUGGCGUGCCCCUCUGCUUCUUGAGGGCUUGUUUCCUUUGAUCGUUUGCUCGACCAUCUACUUCCUCACCCCUGAGUCGCCUCGUUUCCUGAUCCUGCGCGGGAAGAAGGAAAAGGCUCGUCAGGUCGUCGCCCGGUACAGUACCACCAGCGGAGAUGUGAACGAACCUAUCGUCGAUGUCGUCAUCCGACAGAUCGAGGAGUCGCUCGAGAGUGAUAGAACCAGCUUCCGAAGCUUCUGGGAUUACCGCGUCUUCUUCACCAAAGCUGUCCGCUACCGUCUUCUUGUCCUCGCCCUCUACUCGGUCUUCCAGCAGUGGAACGGCGGGUCAAUUAUCACCUACUAUAUGUCCCCUGCUCUUGACACGAUCGGCAUCACUGCCACGAAGCCGCAGCUGGGUGUGACCAUUGGCACGACGGCGGUCUACUUUGUCUUCACCGUUGUCGGGUCUCACCUGGUGGAUAUCUUCCGCCGGCGCACACUGAUCUUUGCCGGUCUGUCUACCAUGAUCUUGUUCGAGUUCGCCGCGACCAUCACCUCCUGGCAGUACAGCCUGAGCGGGAACAAGGCGUCGGCCGACCUGACCCUGCUGUGGAUCUACCUGUACCAAGCCUGCUCGGCCACCUUUGUGGCUACCAUGCACAACCUGUAUCCGAUCGAGGUGCUAUCCCUGCCCCUGCGCGCCAAGGGGAUGGGCCUGUACAGUCUUAUACAGGGUGCUGCGGGCGCGGUACAGACGUACGGCAUCUCCGUCGGCAUCCAGAAGAUCGGAUACAAGAUCUGGGUCGUCUAUGUCGUCUACAACACCAUCCAGCUCAUCCUCGCCUACUUCAUCUUCCCGGAGACCUCGAAGCUGUCGCUGGAGGAAAUUGACGCCGUGUUUGAGACCCCGGGCAUCGCCCCCGUCAAGAUGAGUCUGGAUAUCAAAAAGGCGAAGAAGGAACUGGAGAGAUCGGCCCGCGAGGGGGAGAGGGUUUGA